AUGGACGAGGAGAUGAAUAGGAUGAACAGGGAGGGGUAUAGGAGGGUUAAGAAGGAGGCGAAGUUAGCGGUUUCUAUGGCAAAGACUGCGGCGUUUGGGCGUUCGUAUGAAGAGCUUGGGGCCAAAGGCAAGGGAAAAAAGCUAUACAGGCUAGCUAAGGGUGAUAGGGACAUUGUGUUUGGCAACUUGGAGCACUCCGAGAUGCGCCAGGAUUUUGGGUAUUGUAGACGCAUAAGAAUAGAGGAGUUCGAGGGGGAUAUGCGUAAGAUGCGCAUGGGUAGAGCUACCGGACCAGAUGAAAUUCCUGGAUCAACUCUUAGCCCAUUUCUAUUUUCCUUGGCGAUGGAUGCAUUGACGAGACAUAUUCAAUGUGAGGUUCCAUGGUGUAUAUUAUUUGUUGAUGACAUAGUCUUAAUUGACGAGACACGGGGUGGUGUUAACGAGAAGCUGGAGUUUUGGAGGCAGACCCUAGAGUCUAAGGGUUUCAAGUUGAGCAGGACCAAGACGGAACACUUGGAAUGCAAGUUCAGCAACGUUAUCCAGGAAGAGGAUAUGGAGGUGAGGCUUGAUACGUAA